GGCCUGGCGCGAUCGGCGGAAGCGCUGACUGGGAGCGUGGAGCAAAGCUUCGGGCCGGAGGACCGCUGCCUGCGGAGGAGCCGCCCCGGAGGAGGGUGGAUGUUGGGGCAAAGCCUGGACGCCCCCGACCGUGGCUGCGGGGCAUCAUCGCGGUGUCGUCACGCCUCCGCGCUUCAACUGUCUACAGUCUUACUGUCUUAGGGUCGAUGAUUUGGGGCACUGGCAACUCGUCUUUAAAAUCCGAUUGCGCUGACAUCCGUACGUCCAAGAGUCGCAAGACCACGAAAAGACUUCUUUCUCUCAGCAAGCCUGAGAAAUCAAUCAAAUGGCCCUGCGAUAAAUAGUUAAACGCCGCCUCCUUCAACUGGAAGAUGCGUGUUUCACUUAAUUAAGUGGAUUUUACAGAAUUAACAGGUCUCCAAGAAAUUUUAAAAGGUCAUUAUUGCUGUUGUUUGAGCUCAGCAUGGCUGUAGUCAUCCGUUUACUGGGGCUUCCUUUUGUUGCGGGGCCUGUGGAUAUCCGUCAGUUCUUCAAGGGAUUGACUAUUCCUGAUGGAGGAGUGCAUAUAAUUGGAGGGGAAGUUGGGCUGGCUUUUAUUAUUUUUGCAACAGAUGAAGAUGCAAGACGUGCCGUAAGCCGUUCGGGAGGACUUAUCAAGGAUUCUUCUGUAGAGCUCUUCCUUAGUAGCAGGGCAGAAAUGCAGAAGAUUAUAGACAUGAAAAGAACUGAUCGUACAGGAAGAGAGCGACCAGGAUCUGGAGGAGCAAGGGCUGGAACAAUGUCUAAUUUUGUAGGGGAAAUUAAGGAAGAUGCAAAUAACUCUGGAUAUUCAGAGGCUGAGUUUCAUGCUAAUGGUACAGAACGUGAUGAUUUAAAGUCAAGGACACGGCCAGUGAGAGCCAAAAAUCCUUACUUAUUUCUGCGGGGUUUGCCGUACCUAGUAAACGAAGAUGACGUACGUGUCUUUUUUGCUGGUUUAUGUGUGGAUGGAGUAAUUUUCUUAAAACAUCAUGAUGGCCGAAAUAAUGGUGAUGCCAUAGUAAAGUUUGCUUCAUGUAUUGAUGCUUCAGGAGGUCUUAAAUGCCAUAGAAGUUUUAUGGGUUCAAGAUUUAUAGAAGUAAUGCAAAGUUCAGAUGAACAGUGGACUCAGUGUGGUGGGAAGUUGGAUGCCAUUCCUUCUGAAGAACAUUCUCCACCAAGAGGAAUUAGUGAUAGACAUUUUCGAAAGCGGUCACAUUCAAAAUCUCCCAGAAGAACUCGUUCUCGUUCCCCUGUUGGAAAUUAUGUUCACUUAAAAAAUCUGUCUCUAAAUAUUACCAAGAGAGAUAUUAAAAAUUUCUUUAGAGCUACUGAUCUGAGUAACGAACAGAUUACUUUCUUAUAUAAGGAUGACAAAAGGACACGGCAUGCAUUGGUGAUGUUCAAGACGCUGAGAGACUUUUAUUCUGCUCUGGCUUUACAUAAGACUGUUGUACAGUACCGUCCUGUUUAUAUUGACCCAAUUUCUAAAAAAAGAAUGCUGAAAUUAAUGGAAUAUUAUGACAUGAAAAAACCAAUAGAGAAAGAGAGACCUGGCCAUGUCUCUCAGAAAUAUUCUCAAGAAGGCUAUCCUGGUCUAAAGCUUUGCAUAUAUAUAAGAAAUUUUCCAUUUGAUGUCACAAAAGUUGAAGUGCAAAAGUUUUUUGCAGAUUUUUCUCUUACGGAUGAUGACAUUUACUUGUUUUAUGAUGACAAGGGAGUUGGUUUGGGCGAAGCAUUGGUGAAAUUUAGAUCAGAAGAAGAAGCCAUGAAAGCUGAAAGCUUAAACCGGCGAAGAUUCUUGGGGACAGAGGUAUUGCUGAGACUUAUAUCUGAGGCACAAAUGCAGGAGUUUGGUAUAGAUUUUCCCAUGAUGUCCGAUGAGAAUAUGCAAGAUCGUUCACAGUCACAUGGUAGAGAUGACCAUUCCCAUUCAUUUGAUUCAAAAGAACCACUGGAAUAUUCAGUUGGGUCUUUUGAAAACUUUACUAGACAUCAACUGGAGGACGAGAGAAACCUGGACAGCUUCCAGCAUCCCCAGGAAGAUUUCAGAGAACCUGCUAGGCACCCUUUAGAAGACUUCAGGCACUCGCCAGAGGACUUCAGGUGCCCUCCAGAUGAUUUCAGGCGCCCUCGGGAGGAGCGCUUCAGAAGGCCUGAGGAUAACUUUAAGCGCCCUCGGGAGGAUGACUGGAGGCGAUCUUCUGAAGACUGGAGGAGGCCAUUCAAGGAGGAUUUCAGACGUCCUCCCAAGGAUGACUGGAGGCAACCCCUUGAAGGAGACUAUAGACGACCACCUGAUGAAGACUGGAGAAGACCACCUGAGGAGGACUUCAGGCGAUACCAUGAGGAGGACUUCAGGCGAUACCAUGAGGAGGAUUUCAGGCAUUCUCCUGAGGAGGAUUUCCGGCGCCCACCCCAGGAGCACCUCCGGCACCCAUCUCAGGAGCAUUACAGGCGCCCAUCCCAGGAGCAUUACCGGCGCCCACCCCAGGAGCAUUUCAGGAAGCCACCCCAGGAGUACUUUCGUCGGCAACACCAGGAAUACUUCCGGCGGCCACCCCAAGAGCAUUUCCGGCGACCACCCCAAGAGCAUUUCCGGGGUCCCCGAGAGGAAGAGUUCAGAUACCCACCAGAUGAAGACUUCAGGGGCCCUUCGGAUGAAGAUUUUAGGCACCCUCCUGAUGAGGACUUCAGGAACCCCCGGGAAGAUUUCCCAUGUCCAUCUGAUGAAGACUUCAGGCAGCUCCCCGAGGAGGAUCUUGGGGGACCACAGGAGGAGGGUCCCAGACUAGCUGAUCAUUUUAGACCACCUGGUGAAGAGUUUAGGAACGCACCUGAUGAUUUUAGAAGCCAUCGCCCUUUCGUGAACUUCGGUCGCCCGGAAGGUGGCAAGUUUGAUUUUGGAAAGCGUAAUAUGGGGGGUUUUCCUGAGGGGAGAUUUAUGCCUGAACCAAAAUUAAAUUGUGGUUCAGAUAGAAUAACUCCUGUUAAGAUAAUGAAUCUUCCAUUUAAAGCGAAUGUUAAUGAAAUCUUAGACUUUUUUCAUGGCUAUAAAGUCAUACCAGAAUCCGUUUCAAUACAGUAUAAUGAGAAAGGAUUGCCUAUAGGGGAAGCCAUUGUUACUAUGAUAAACUAUAAUGAAGCUAUGGCUGCUAUUAAAGAUCUAAAUGAUAGGCCAGUUGGCCCACGAAAAGUUAAGUUGAUUUUGCUUUAGGGAGCAUUUUAAAAUUCAGAAAUAACCUCCCAACAGUAUUGAUGCAGUAAGUUGUAUUUUUUAAGUGUUUAUCUAAAGAAAAACAUUUCUGUUUGAACUGUGAAUAGAACAAAUGUAAAUAGUAGAAUGUAAUCCUUAGGUUUCUUUUUGCUUGCAAUCUACCAAACACAUUUUCUGAUUUAAAAGUACGUACAUUUUCCUUAGGAGAAUUUGAGUUCAUAUCUGAUGUAUUGGAUAAACCUCAAGAUUUGUACAAAAUAGUUGUAUAUAAGGAAGAUAUGUUUUAUAUUCGUUUUGGUUCCUAUUCUGUAGUCUACGACUUUUACUCAAACUAAGAAAAUGGUCAGUGAGUAACUGUUCAGGCGUGGCAUUCUCAUUGCUACCUGCCUUCACCCCUUUUUGGGAUAUUACUGUGUUUCUUCUGUUAAAGUACAUGAUAGUUAAUUGACUGUGAAUCUGUUAUGUGGGGGGAAAGAAGCUUUGAAGAUGUUACAAUUUCCAUGUUCAUAACUUUGCAAAUCUUUGUAAAAAUAAAAACUUGGAACUGAA